AUGGAUCAACAGACCCGCUUAGUAUCUAACCUCCGCCUCCUAAUCCCACGCCUCCGCCUCCUACAAAAGAAAGACAACGCAUCCUCCGUCGUCCAACGUCGCGAACUCUCCCAACUCCUCAGCGAAGGCCGCGAGUCCUCCGCACGCAUCCGAGUCGAAAAUGUCAUCGCAACCGACAUCGCCGUCGAGCGCGCGCCAACGUCCUCGACCAACUCGCCUUCGGAGAGAAAAGGAACCCGCGCAAGAUUGCGCGCAAAGGAACUCUAUAAAAAGCAAACCCAGCCGCAUGCAGGGGCGGCCGCAAAGCCCGCUGAAACCUCCGGGUCUCGGUUUGGGUUCGCGUGGUUGGGCGGGGGCUCACAGAAGAAGGAAGAUACUAGUCUUGCGGAUGACGCUGGACUUCUAAGUGAUGAUGACGAUACGUAUAUGGAUACUGCGCUUGAUGAGGCGGCCACCGUCAUUUUCUAUGCUUGGCAGCGAUUCCCGCAUGAACUUCGGGAACUGACUAUUCUGAGGACUAUGCUGGGCGAGCGGUAUGGGAAGGAGUUUAUGACGCUAGCGCAGGAGAAUAAGGUGGAUACUGUCAAGGUGCCGGAUCGUCUUUUGAAGGGUCUGCGCGUGCGUCCGCCUGGUCAGGAAUUGGUGGAGAGUUACCUUCGAGAAAUCGCAAAGGCAUAUGGUGUUGCAUGGCCGGAAGAAGACAUGCAGGAAGACUUGGGAAGUGCGCCGCCUGAAUUCGUGGAUGAUUCCCAAGGCGAUGGCGACGACAAUGAAGGGGGCGAUUUGCCAGUCACCCCGGGGAAACCAGGUGCAGGCGCCACUGAGGCCAGGCGCGCCUCGGAGACCAGUGAACUUAGCAAAGCGACGCCUCCGCGAGGUCCUGCCGAUGGUCGGAGUCCUGUCAGUGUCGCCCCGCCGGCGCCGAGGACUGAUAAUCCAAACCCGCGGGUGAAGGUUCCGGGGCCAGAGGAGAAUGAGUCAACGAAGGCUUCCGCUGCGGCAGGGUCAAGGCCUCAGGGGAAAAGCAGUAAUGGUGGGAUACCAGAACUGGAUGAAUUGACACGGCGGUUUGCAGAUCUCAAGAGAAAGCCUUAG